AUGAAGCAUUUGGGGCUGAUUGAGGGUUUGUCCGAAAAGGCCAAGCUGCCACCAAUUCCUCGAGGCACGCUGUCCGAACAAUUCCAUUACGCGUGUCACCAUUUUGUGUGCCAUCUCAGGCAAGUUCAAGAGCCACUGGAAAUUCCCAGUGGAUCUGUUCACGCAUUCCUCAAUCACCAAAUAGCGCACUGGGGGGAAGUCUGUGUGAGGACGGAAGGGUACAUUAGCAUAUCAUCAUUCCCUGAGUGGGCCAAGUUGAGCGUUGAACGGACCUCAAAAGAAGUCAUUCACAUGCUGGUCAAAGUGUUCGGCAAUGUGAGGGGAAACCUUGCAUUCUUUCUAAGAUUGCAGGAGGCAUAUGAGUUGGCAAAUGAUUCCGUUGCAUUUUGCCGUAGCCUUGUUUCCGCGGGCACAGAGUCCUACCAUCCGGAUUUGGCUCAAGCCCUCGGGAAUCUUUUUAUAUCACUGGACAAUCUUGGACGGCAUUCUGAAGCUCUUCCGCCCAGAUUUCGCUCGGGCGCUCGAGUAUCACUGGACAAUCUCGGGCAGCAUUCCAAGGCGCUCGCGGUGAUUGAGGAAAGUGUCAAUCUCUGGCGCAAGCUAGUUGCUGUCCACUCGACAUACACCUCGGAUUUGGCUCGAGCGCUUGAGAAUCUUAAGGUGUCACUGGACAUUUUCGGAAGGUAUUCGGAAGCACUCUCGGUGAUCGAAGAAAGUGUUGAACUCCGGCGCGAGCUAGUUGCUCUCCAUCCGACGUUGUAUACCCCAGAUUUGGCUGGAGCACUUGAGAAUCUUUCCGUAUCGCUGAAUAAUCUUGGACGGCAUUCGGAGGCGCUUCCGGUGAUAGAAGAAAGUGUCAGACUUUGGCGUGAGCUAGUUGCUGCCCAUCCGACAGCAUACACCCCGGACUUGCUCGCGAAUUUAUUUGUGUCACUGGACAGUCUCGGAUGGCAUUCUGAGGUGCUCCAGGUGAUCGAAGAAAGUGUCAAACUCUGGCGCGAGCUAGUUGCCGCCCCUCACACAUCAUACACCUCGGAUUUGGCCCGAGCGCUCGAGAAUCUUUCUGUAUCACUUGAGAAACUCGGAUGGCAUUCUGAGGCGCUCCCGGUGAUCGAAGAGGGUGUCAGGCUUUGGCGUGGGCUAGUCGCAGUCCAUCCAGCAUCAUACAUUCCGGAUUUGGCUGGAGCCCUCCGGAAUCUCAAAGUAUCACUGGACAAUCUCGGACGGCAUUCCGAGUCACUCCUGGUGAUUGAAGAAAGUGUCAAACUCUGGCGUGAGCUAGUUGCUGUCCAUCCCACCUCAUACACUCCGGAUUUAACUCGAUCGCUCGGAAAUCCUUUUGUAUCAUUUCACAAUCUCAGUCGGCAUUCCGAGGCACUCGCAGUGAUUGAAGAGAGUGUCGGACUCUGGCGCGGGCUAGCUGUUAUUCAUGGAAACACCGGAUUUGGCUCGAGCACUCGGAAAUCUUGUUGUAUCGCUUGGCAAUCUCGGACGGCAUUCCGAGGCGCUCCUCGUAAAUGA